GACGUCGCAUUGCGCAGUGGGAGGUUUUUUUUACAUAUCAAAGACAGGGCUCUCAUUAAAAUGAACUUUUUCAGCGGGUGAUUUUCUUUCAAGUUUGUUUUGGUGGUACUUAAAGUGGUGACUUUGGACAAGGUCUUCUUUUUGAGCCUGUAAUGAUUAAAAGAUUUUUAUGUUACCGCUCCAUUUGGUGACCUUUUUAAGGUUAAGCAUUAAAAAAAGGAUCUUUAAUCUCUUGGAUACUGAAAUGAUAGAGCUGGUAUGAUCACCCUGAAAAACUGCAUUUGAGUAUCUAGGCUUGGCCACCCUGAUCUGCAAAGUCUGACCCUUCCCUUUGUAUAAUUCUAUCACACACAAUCAUGAUUAUACCAAAGCAUACUUUCAAUUAUGACCACAGGAAGGGUAUUUGCUGCCAUGGCAACAAUUAUAUGCUUCCAAGUAGGCAAUAAACCAAUGUCAUAAGACAAGUCUCUCAUAAAGAGUGAUGAGUCUUGUACUAGUAAUAGUCUCCUUUGUAAAGAUUUGGAGAUUUAGGUACAAAUAAUAAGGUUUUGGUGAUAGGAUGGUGCCAAUCUGAUUGAUCAGAACAUACAUAACACUAAGUCUAAUUUUUGCUAUAAAGGAAAGUGAGGGAUGUAGGCUAUCACACAGCCUUGAGGCUAUCACACCUCAUUACUGUGGGGAUUCAGAGUGAAGCAGGCCAGCCGGCAGCUGCUGGAUGACACAGAGAGAGAGAGAGAGGAGGGAGAGGAGGGAUUGAGGGAGGAAGGGAGGGGAUGCGGGGCUUGUUCACAUAAUAGCCGGCGGGUGAAGGCGUGGUGAGUGUGGCUCGAUACGAGGCGGGUGUGUGCGCUACAGUUGUACCGGAGGAUGAGCGCGUACAGCGGCUGCACGGCGGCUGAAAGCAGCCGGAGAGACCGCUGAACAGGGGGAGAGGAUCGUCAGGAUAUGCGGGGGGUGUUUCCGCCUUAUCGUUGACUAAAGCGGGAUAUCAGGAGGGCAAAGGUAAGGCUGUGCAUGAUACGAUGGAGAUGAUCGCACCCGGUUCAUGUGAGCUGUGUGGAGACAAAGUAGACUAAGCCAUGGUCGCAUGUGAUCUACAGCGAGAGAGAGAGAGAGAGGGAGCAUCAAUGAAAUUACAGCAGCAUGGGUUUGGCUCUGUGUGUGUGUGAAGCGUGUUUCCUCACCGUAACGAGGAGCUGAGUGGAUUUAUUUGACACGUUAGUGUAGUCAUGAUGAGGCUCAGGUAGAAACCACCCAUGUUCAGCAGCCUACCCUCUCUGCACAGCCCACAGUAGCUCAUUCAUUGUUCUCCCUGCACUGUGGAAACUGGCCCUGAGGUGGGCUUGUCUUCUUAUUGGAUUCAGUGUGAAAAAGAUGUGUUAUUUUAAGAGGUGUGAUUGAGUUAAAAAGUAGUUUUGAGGAUGUAUGUUGGCACUGAUUGGAUUUAUUCUGAAGGAGCAGGCUGAUUUUGGCAGUGUGACUAGGUAGGGUGAAUAUUAAAAAUGCUGGAUGAAUCAUCAUCUUAACCCUUUUGCAGCUCUGUAGGUCCUCCCUGUCCUGAUUUACUCCAGCUUUGUGUCAUUUAGUGCAUUAUUUCCAGUUUUUGUUGGGGCUGUGAUUUGCAGAUAUGUCAUCAAUUGAAACCCUUUUACCAAUUAUUACUGAUAGAGUAUUUCUGGUGCAGUUAGGCCUCAAUCCACCUUGAUUUUCUCUCCUCCAGUGGUGACAAACAAAGAUGAACCCUGCCAAUGCUGUCAGUGACCUGCUGAUUUCUUUUCUGAGUUAGAGGAAGAGCCACAUGUCUUGGUGUAUUUAAAGCACCAGACAUUGUAAACAGGAAUUGUUGUUGUGAUGCCUCGCGUCUGCAUGAUAGAAGUGUGCAGCGUGAAACUGUGCUGCUCUUCCUCUGCGUUGGAAAAGAGGAUGUCCUGUGCCAUACAUCACAUGUGUCAACUGUCUAACAAACUCUUUGCAGAGCACUUAAGUCUGGUAGUGCAAUCCUCCAAUUCAUUAGAGUCAAAACUCAACUCUGGGUUCAAUAUGUUUCUCCCCUGAACAUUCUCACUUGUCAGCUUGGAGAGCCUAACAAGGCAGAGAUGCUCCUCUCUCUGUUUGAUGCAGCUGAGAAGUGUCUCAGUGCUCGGUUUGAAACCUUCCAUUUAGGAAUCAAAGCCUCUGAGGCUUUCUGAGAAAUGUGGUAAAGACAGAGGGAGAGGAUCUAUUUUUGGACGUGUAAUCUUAUAGUCAUACACUUACCAUGGAGGGAUUAAGUCUGAUACAAUGAGUUGAAAGCUGAGGCAGCUUUACUGAAGUGAAACAGGUUGGCACGGCAGGAUUUUGGGGAUAGAAUUUAUGAAUUACUCAUGGCAGAUGAUUGCAGUUACAGUACGUCAGCUGAUGCAUGUUUUCAUUUUCAGCACAAAGACAAUAAGUGCAACACGAUGAUUGCAUCCCUGUCAUUGCUAGGAUAACAUGGGGAUUUUCAGUCUCUGCAGACCCCCUGGUUAGUCCACAUCAAGUAAUUUGGUCAUGUUCCAUUUUCUCCACCCCUUCACGUCCGAGCCUCAGUGCUUCGUCCCUGAGCUCUGCAGAAAGUCACUGCAGUUCUCUCUAAUAAAACUCUGCAGUUUGAUAUCAGGAGUGCCAGUGGGGACAGCUGGAAACCCAUGCAGAGAAUGAGGGCAACUGGUGGCAGAGCUUAUUGCUUUUGGACGAGCCUGUGUAUGCUUUAAAUCAGAUCUGCGCUUUGAAAGUGUAAUUCCUGAACUCGGAGGAUGCUUUUCUUCUGAAUCCAGAGAUAAAUAUCAAAAGAUGGGUUCUCAUAUUUCCAGUCUUUUUUAUCUAAGUAAAGGAGUUUGUGCUUCAGAUGGAUUGCCCAAUAACUUUACCCAACCAUCAUCUGGAUUUGGUUGAAACCUCACCAAAGUUGGGAGGCUUGAGUCUGCUGCUGCAUGUGCUAGUAUGUGAUCAUUUCACUCACUCUCUCUUCUCUGCUUACACAAGAACCAGCAUGUGCUCAGUUAUGAGAAGUUAAAGCAUAAAAGGUGUGCUUUUGCUGAGUGAUCGGAUGCCCGGAUUGUAAACCACUUGAUGCCAUGAAUGGUGGCACAGGCAGGAAGGUAGACACACAAGCAGACUGGUUCAGUUUAAAGUGAAUUUGAUGACUUUCAGGCGGGUUUGGGAAUGUCAACUGGGAACAUGUCAGCUGGAAGUUGAACGGGAAUCUACACAGUGGAAAAGGUCCAGUACAUUUAGAGAGACAAGUGUAAAAGGGUCAGAACUAGGGAUGUACCAAUCCAAUAUUUGAUAUCGGUAUCAGGCCCUUUACUGAAGAAAAUUCUUGAUCAGGUAUCGUGACAAUGGGCCCAACGCAUAGUGAGUGGCAUCCACAAGUAAACACACUGAACGGGUGCCAACAUUGUUUUCAAAAUGGAGCGAGCAAAGGGGUCUGCUAUCUUGAACUUUAUCACACUACCUCAGCCUACAAGCUCGACAUCCACUUGCAAUACAUCCGAGGGGCAGUGGUAGAACUUCAGGUUACAACAAAAGGUAAUUCAGCGCACCUUUUCUGUUUUGGAAUUGGAUUGGUAUCGGCCGAUACUCAACUGUAGAUACGUGUAUCGGUAUUGGAGGUGAAAGAAACGGAUCGGUGCAUCCCUAGUCAGAACCAGGAACCUAUCAUGCAAGCUCUAGUCUCUGUGAACUGGGCACCUGCUCUACCAACUGAUCCUAACAUGCACCUCAAAUGCAGACCUAAUUAACAAAUGUGAGCAUACGGACAAGCCCAAUAAAGCUGGUGAAGAUAGUGUCCUUCUUAACAAGCUAGCAGUGUCACUAUGUGUUUGUAUACUAGAAUUAGCAUUAAGCUUAAAGGAUGGUGAACUAGCAUGGCCUUACAGUAGAUAGUUAGUUGCUCAUUUUGAUCUCAUGUAACACAUGGAGUAAUUUUAAAGAGUGUUUAUGUGAAUAUUUUAGCUAACACGCAAGAUUUCCUUUUUUCUUCUUUUGAGAAGAGGCACAAUUACUCAAGGUCGGUUUUUACGCCAGCAACUGAAACUCUGAAGGUUUAAACACAGCAGCUCUCUGGAGAAAAUACACAAACUGUGAGGAUGUUUAACAUGACUCCUCCUGGCAUUACAGUCUCCUCUCAGAGACUGAUGGAAGCUGAUUUGACCGCUUCUCCUAUCGCCGUGACCGCUGAUAAAAUGACCCGUGAUUCUAUUUGCAUUUGUAGGACAGCCUCAAGAAAAUAUAUCACAUCGCCCAGACGUCCUUUUUCCCGGGUAGGACUGAGAACUUGUACUGCAUGAUGACAUCAUUCACAUGAAUCACUCCUCUGUGUUGCAGCCUGCUCCUUUUAUAUCAAAGAGGUACGGUGUCAGAAGACCAAAAUUAAUAUUUCUUUUACCUUCUAAUUUUCCUGUAAUAUCCUGAGCCUCAUUGUGCUCAUGAAUUUCCCGGAUAUCACAAACUGACUGACUGCUUCUCCUCGAGAGAUGAUGUAGACAGAUAUCUUUUGACCGCCGACAAAAUGAGUUAUGAUGAGAUAUCGGAUGAUGUUUGAGAUAGUCCUCAGCCUCUGUAACCGGGGCACUGCCAGUGCCAACACAUCUUUCGGAUCUUCUUCAGGAUGAAUUUUUAAGCCGCUUGUAUUGAACAAUCUGAAACAACCUUUUCAAAAAGAGAUAAGUCAAGAUUAAUAUUGCAAACCUCUGCGUCAUCACCGGUCAGGGUCAGGUGUCAGAGGUUGGUUACAUCAUCCACAAUGAAAAGGGGUUUGCUUAUACAACAUGGGAAUCAUGUAACCUUGGGUAUUUAAACAGAAAACGACAGCUUCAUGAGGAUAUCUGGAGGUUUUGCAAGUCAUUACAUACAGUUUAUUGUUUAUUUUUAGAGGUUUUUCUUACAAAACUGGUGUGUGAAUGUACAAACUGAUAAUUUCUGGCAUUGCCUUGUGGUAGCAGGUGUUUUCAGGAGAGCAUGGAAGCACAGGGAGUAGACACCGACUUGUAUGUGAAACCAACCUUCAUCAAUAAUGCAUGAAAAUGGGAUACUGAGAUAAGACGGGCAGCGGUUUGGACAUGACAUUUAACCAGAGUGACGUAUUUAACACUGACAGCUAGUUUACUCAGGAGACAGAGGAAUUAUUCUGUUAGCUUAUUUUAUAAAUCAGGAGCUGCAGAGUACAAAACAACAUCUGUUCAUCAUAAGAGAUAGACAUCGUAACAACAUGUAAGACGUCGAGUUAUUCUGUGCUUCUUCUUUGUUUCACUGUCCACAUCUGCACCCUUUAGAAGUCUCCACUGAGAUGUUUCACAGUAGCACACAAUAACAAGCUGUCUAUAUGCUAACCCCAGGCUGCAGACUGUGGAGACAAACCUAAACCCUGCAGGCUUAAUGCUCAACCUGCGCCUGUCCAGUCUCUGGAGAGGAAGCACAAAGACUGAUGGUUCUUUUAUCUCUCUUCACUUGAUGUCUGUUUAAUAAAAAGGUUCAGUGCUUGUUUUGACCUAACAGCAUCUAAAACAGGCCUUUUAUAAAGAUAUAGUGUUUGGCUGACCAGGGCAUGUUGUCUUCUGCAGAGUGAAUGAGAAGUUUGUACUAUGAGUGGUUGAUCUUGGUUGGUUCAUUCUGUCAUGAGGCAGGGUUAAACAAAGAAAAAAGGACCCAGAUGAAGAACUAAGUAUUUAAUUAAGCAAAAAGGAAAAGUCCAACUAAAACCUAGUCUCAAAAUGUUCAAAAAAAUCCUAAUAUGCAAGGAGACAACUGGGGACACAAGCAUAAACUGCCAUCCACAUACAUACGCACACAAUGAACCAACAGAACAGAGUGGAAGACAGAGACUAUAUACACUCUGGUUAACGAGCAACAGGUGUGGCUAACGAGACACAGGUGUGGCUAACGAGACACAGGUGAAACUCGUUAACUGUUAAACAAAGAAGGGAAAACUCAGAGAGUAUAACCAGACUAGAAACACAAGGAACCAACUCCUACAAAAUAAAACAGGAAACACCGCAAACUGAUCUAAAGAAUAAAACAGAGAACAUGAGGGAAACAGGGUCAGACACAAACUGAAAACUCACAAGACUGGCAUUACAAGGGAAAAUACACAGAGAGUGUGCUCAAAUAAAACCAGGAGAAAACUAAAUGAACAAAACCUAUCAUGACAACAACUUUAUACUAUAAGUGUCAGCCAUGUAGCUGAAGAAACAGCCUUGUUUUGAGAUUUUACACAUUUAGUUUUCACAAUAAAUAGUACAUUUUAUUGCCAAAAAUCAGCAAGAUUAGAUUUAUUUACGUACUUCGGCCAAUAGAGACACCAAACUGUCGCAAACUUGCAGUUCCUCCAGAGGCUUAUAACAGUUUUAGGUCUGAUAUGCUGUCAUUCAGGAUGAGAGAAAUGUUGAUAUUGUGAGCUGCUGAUGCCAAUUAUUCAAAAAUGCCAAUAAUUGUCAUGGUUAAUUGGUCUGACUCCAAUCUGGAUCAGUAUCAGGUAUCAGUAUUGGUAUCAGUUCAUCCCUAGAAGAGCUUUGAUUACUAAGGGGAUUUUCAUUCAGUGCUGAAUCAUAACGAAUCAUGUCUUAGGACCAAGAUCUAAAAUUGAACAUGGAGGUGACCCCUUUGCUCCUCUCUGUCUGCCCCUUCUGAUUGCUCUUUCCUCAAAAUAUACGUUUAUAGAUCUGCAUUUGUAUUUUCUUGUCUUGAAUAGAUGACUCGGUUACAUUCCAUUUUUGUCUGUGUUGGUUCUGUCUGUUCUGAACCGUCAAAAACGUGCCUUAUGAAUAAAUCUGACUUGACUUGACGUUGUGAAAAGAGCAGGUCAAGGAGAAGCUGUCUUUUACAGGCAGGGACCGGACUCAUAGCGGACAGCCAUCUGCUGUGAUGGGCUGAGAAAGAAGGAUGAAGUGAGAGAGAGAGAAUCAAACAGAGCAAGGACAAAACAACAGAUAACACAGACUGUCACUGACAAAAGUAGUCCUAGCAUGUCUCAAACAAUCAUCCACAAGCAACUUCAUCCAAAGGCAUCACAAGUUUUUUAUUUCUUUCCUCCCACUUUGCAUUGAGAUCUAAUUAAAGAUGCUCUGUUACUACAUUGAGAUUUCUAGGCUUUAAAACAAAGCGUGUAAGCGACAGGUUUCAGUUAGAAACGUCACUUUUUGUCUGCUCAUUGUGAGAAGUGUCUGGUGCGUGUCGUAACACAGAAACUGCUGGGUUCGCCGUGGGUUUGCUGGGUUGCUCCUUCAGAUAUAAAUAGCGUCUCCUGCGGUGAUUACACAGCUCCAGCUCUCAGAUGAUUAAUGGUGUAGAUUCCCUAAAAACCUGGGCUCCUCCUCCUCCCACUCUCUUCAUCUAUAUUGCAUUAGAGCGACUCAUCCCAGCUGAAUUAGGGCUCCCGUCUGCUGAGCUAAUAACUGCUUAUGAAAAUUCCUCAAGAGGCCAUUUUCUGUAUGUGAACUACUUUCCUGCAUGGAGGGAAAAAUGCACCAUCUAGUGGCUGGUGCUUUUACUGUACAGUGCAUGCCAGUUAGGAGAAAUGUCAUGCUUAUUACAGUAACAAAUCGAGUGACCUCACUGGGAUGCUGUCACAGCUCACUCUGGCUCCAAUCAAUGUAUAUCUUCUCCUCCUCUUGUCACACGCAGCCACAUACUAGAAGUAAUCAGAUUUAUUGAACCUGCGCAUUUAAUUUAUGGCUGCGGCGAUAAGAAAGACACAUUAUACAGAGGCUGUAAUUGACAAAGUGAUAGUUUAAAGAGUACAGAUGGUGUAGUUUACAGUAGAAAGCUGUGUGCGUCACCCCAUUCAGGAAGCAAGGCAAUUUGUUUAAUCAUUUAUUAGUGCAAUGUGAGAGUGGAGUAACUGAGAAGAGUGAGGUGAAGCGUAGGGGAGCAGUUUCAGUGUCCAGUAAAUCAGAAUAUCCUCCACAAGCAGGUAGAAGAAACCGGAUAUGUGUAUCCAAACUCACUCAGCCAGAGAACAAAAAGUCUAAAUAUAAACUGCAUAAAUUCAGCAGAUAUGCAGAAAAGCUUUCUACCUUGUGCUGACAGCUUAUGCUUCCUCUCUGACCCCGGCUGUGCCUGUUAAGAGGUAAACCCUGAAGUGUGGUCAGGAGUCUGACCCGGCCUGAUCUCAUUCAGUCAGCUGUUGAUUUCUCACAAACUGGUCACACUGUGUGAGCCGUCACUGCACACACACGCAGCCAAGGCCUCCUCCUCGCUCGAUAUCCUGGACGGAACGAGAAGCCGGUUAAAUUCGAUCUUCUGCUGCUCAGCCAGAACUAGCAGUUUUAUGGGUCUGGAUCCAGGAGGAGACUCUCAUUAUGAAAGGAUGGAGUCCGGUCAGGGAUGCAUCUCCACCUGCGCUCUCUCCGGAGAGGUUUAUCAGGUACUAGAGCAGCUGCUCGGUUCACACAGAGUGUUAGAAGUCCGGCCUCAUUCUGUCAGAUGAAGAGACUCAUCCUGGAAGUGAGUUUUGGGCUUUUAUUUAGUUCCUGAGCCGCGUUUGCAGUGAAACUGUUCCACCUCAAACUGUCAUUUGAACUAGCUUUUGUGGUUUUGGUAUCUCAUUGUAGGCCAACCUGAUUGAGCAUUUAGGGUCAUUGUUUCUACAAACAGACUCGACUUUGUUUUUUGUUGUGCUGGUUUGAAAACCACAAACAGGGUUUAAUGGAUGCAGUUGAGUCAGACUCUGAUAUGAGGUUUUACUGGUAUAAACAGUCACUUGUUGAGUGGAAUUUAAUGGAGAAUUUGUUGGCGGUGGGAGAAAUGUUAAGAUCUGUUACAACAAAACUGGAAAACACACAAUUAAAGACAAAAGAGUAGAGUUGUAAUGAAGUCUUUAGUCUAUUCUAAGCAUUGUUUGCGUUUAGCAUUUACAGUAUUUGUUACUGCUCUCUCAGGAUGCAGGGAAUUGAAAAUUACCCAGUCAGUAUAUGUAAAUUAAACUGCAGUAAUAGCUAAAAUGGCUAAAUUUCGACCAUUACUAUCUGUGAAAUCUGCAAACUUACUUCCUAUUGCUAGUUUCCCCAGACUUCUAAACUUAAAGCUUUCUCAGACUUACUGACAGGUCAUUUACACGUUUGUUGAGGUAGUAGGUAUUCUUGGUUUCUUUCCCCUGUUGGAUAUUUCUUCGCUCACGUGCUGAAAAGGGCUGAGAGGCUGAAAGAUAACUGAAAUGCUCAAAAUGGGAUUUCAAAUCCGUCUUUGGUUGCUAUGCGACAAAUCCUCUGAACAAUGGUUUUAUUGUCAAUAACAACACCAGCUUUUUUCUGUCUGUAUUUACCUUUGAGCUUUUGAUCAAUUCGGCUUCUGAGAGUAAACACGGUUUAAAAAAACCAAAAAAAAACCCCACACGCUUUGUCUCGGUUCUUCCAUAAUUUAGUGUUCCAGACUUAGCCAACCUUUUGUGUACUCUGCUGUAAUUAUUGUAAAACCAUUACAAAUACACAAUGUCAUUGUGUUUUUCCAUAAUGAACAGCUAUAGCUAUUUUGUCUCGGGCCUUGAACUGUCUCUUUUGUUCUCCCUGCAGAUGACUGAGGGCAGACUCUGCCAAGUGCUGCUGCUGGAUGACAGGAAGUUGGAGCUGCUGGUUCAGGUACGAAUGCUCUUGAAUUAAAGCUCGCACAGUCAAUAUUUCUUAUUAUAGACGUGGAUCAACAGAGGUGGGGGAAAGUCCCAAUGUUGCAAGUCCAAGUCGAGUCUCAUGUCUUUGCGCUCAAGUCCGACGCAAGUCCAAGGCCUUUGCUCUCAAGUCCCGAGUCAAGUCCAAGUCCUGAACUUUUUGUUUCGAGUCCCGAGUCCUUACCGUUUCUUUCAAGUCAAAAACAAGUCAUAUCAAAGCCAUAAACCAUUUGUCAUAUGUAAAGAUUUACAUAUAUCAUGAGCAUUUUUCACUACUUGCAUUUAUUAUUAAUCACAAAUAGGGUUCUUGUUUUUGUUAAGUUACAUAGUGCAGCUUUAACCAAACUAUUUUACAUGUCAUACAAAAAAUAAUCAGGUAAACUUCAAUAACUUGAAACAAUGUUCACAGGAAAACUCAAAUACAAUUAAACAUUAAACUGAUACUCUAAUUCACUGUUUCAAAACAAAAGAGAGACACAAGGCACCACGUGGAAACAGGUGGGCAAUACCAGCGAGCGAUUUAUGUUCAAUUUUUUUUGCGGGUAAUACGCAGACUUGGCAACACAACACGGUGUUACCAAUGGCCGUAAUUCCUGACUAUUAGUUGAUGCGACACUUUUUAAACGGUUUGGGCUUGCUGUAAGGUAUAAAGUGACUUGAAAAGACUUGACUUGACUUUUCAAGUCACUGGGCUCAAGUCAAGUCAAGUCUCAAGUCUUUAGCAAUCAUGUCCCAAGCGAGUCCAAGUCAUUUCUUGAUUUCAUCAAGCAAGUCAAAAAUGGGACUGAAGUCCAAGUCGAAUAUCGAGUCGAGUCGUCAAGCCCCCACCUCUGUGGAUCAAUGACUUAAUGUGUUAUAGAAAAAAGUUUCCCACAGAAGAGCGUCUCCUGACUGAUCAGUGACAAUGUUUAAAGAUGUGGUUGAGGUUUGCUGGUGAGAAAUAAACACAAGAUUGUGGUUUAAGUUUAAAGUCUGUACUUAAAACUGUAAAAGAAGGAAGUUAAAAACGUGACAUAUCUUACAUCAGAUCUAAUAAUUCAACUUUAACCGCUGGUGUCACAUGAGACACUAACUUUUGUGAAAACCCCGGGUUUGUAUGACCCGUCACCUGACUUAUCGGAGGCUUUUAGGAGCAAGUCAUGCUGACUGAUAUGUUAGAAAACAGGAAAUCUAUGUCCACUCAUACUAAUCUUACUAAUUAUGUCUGUGAGCCUUAUUUGGAUGAGCAAAAUUGGGAAUUUGGCAGAAAGGAGGGAGAUUCUAUUCUAGGAGCUGGUGGAGGCCAAAAACAGUGCUAAAAGGAGGGUAAAUGUGGGGCUUGAUCAAUCACUGUCUACUCUAUCAAAAUCUGUCAUUUCAACAGCAAAUUUAGCAGUGAAAGAAAUGCAAAAUGUACCAUACAUAAAGGGUUUGAAAAUUAGUAUUUUUGUCCUGAAAGCAUCUUAAUUUAAUGAGUGUGAAGAUCAGCCCUCAGGGGAAUCAGCAGUGUUGAAGUAUCCUCUAAAUCUUCUACUCUCUGCUCCCGUAUUGACCUCCCUCUCUUGAGAGCGGAGAGAUGACUCCCUCAUGAACAUGUAAAACAUUAAUUGAGAAGAAUGUCUGGGUCAUUUUAAUUUGGGCGAUUAUCUCGUGUUUUGUAUUACAGCCGUUAUCAAACUAAAUCUCGACUGUCCUCCACAGCCCAAGCUGCUGUCGUACGAGCUCCUCGAUUUGGUUUCCUCCCACUUCAACCUCAAAGAGAAGGAAUUCUUCGGACUCGCAUUUUUUGAUGACAAGUAUGUAAAUCGUUAGGUUUACUGCCUUUUUAGCACUCUAAAUAUUUACAGAUGUUUGAACACGUGUGUGUGUGUGAUGCUUUAAGUUUGCUUUGCUUCUACAGUGGCCAGCGUAAAUGGUUGCAGAUGGACCGCAGGGUUCUCGAACAUGACUUUUCCAAGAAGUCUGGGAGCAUCGCUCUGAGCUUCCUGGUCAGGUAAUGAUUUAUGUUGUGUCAUGCAAAUCACUCGCCGUCCAGCAGGGAGUGCUGCUUUGUUGACAUGAAGUGUAGCUGGUGGCUGUCAAAAAAGGAAAGUUCUAAACGAAGCUGUUGUGGUUGUUUAAGGACGAUAGAAAAGAUAUGAAAAUUUAUAAUGUGAAGUGAUUUUUCUAGACUUUUUAUAUCACUUUUUUUUGGUUGUUGUUGGUUUUUAAUUUUUUAAUUUUUAAUUUUUUUAAAUUUAUUUUUUUUAUUUAACAACAAAACAGAGUGACAACAACAAAAUAAUAAUAAUUAAAAAAUUAACAAAAAUACUUUGGUGAGGGAGGGGAGGGGGAAAGAAUAUAUAUAUAUAUAUAUAUAUAUAUAUAUAUAUAUAUAUAUAUAUAUAUAUAUAUAUACAGUAUAUCACUUUUAAAUGUCACUCACAUGUUCUCGCAAAAGCAUCCACCAGACAGAAAUACAGUUAGAGGAUUUCUAAUAAGCAAUUUAACUUGUUUGUUUUUGUGUAUUUGCGUUCAUCUUUCUCAGGUUUUACGUUGAAAACAUCACACAGCUUAAGGACAUCAUAACCGUGGAGUUGUUCUUCCUGAACGCAAAGUCUGCUGUUUAUAAUGUAAGUCUUUUUUGCCUGUGCUCCUGAGGGUUUCAGCAGUAUAUAAUGUUCUCUGCCGGUAGUGUUUUGAUUUUUUUUCCUCCCUCGGCAGCUUGGUGAUGAUUCACUGUCUCUGGACCCUUGUAGCACCUCAGCUUAGCAGACAGUGGCUGCAGGGCACGGUUUCUCACUCUGCUGGCAGGAAUGUAAAGUAGAUGCUCGGAGAAAGCAGACAAAAAUAAGGGUUCAUUUGGUGCAAAAGCAUAAGGGGUUAUUGUCAGGCAUUACAGAGAGGAUUUCUAUGUCUGGAUGUAUAAAGUUUCCGCACACAUUUUCUUCAACCUGUUUAUCUCUUCUGUCUCUUAGGAGGUUAUAGAAGUGGAAAGCGAUAACGUCUUCAAAUUAGCCGCAAAUGCCCUGCAGGUCAGUGCUUAUAUUAAACUCAUUUACAUACAUUAACUGCUUUCUUUCAAGUAUUUACAGCAUGUAAUCUGAUGAGAUUUAUUUAUUUUUUUAUCACCAGGAGGCAAAGGGGGACUACACAAGGUAAGUGCACAUUAUCAGCCUGGUAAGAAGUAUUUAACAGCAGCAGGACGAGUUAUAGUGAGCUUUUAGUGAAGACAUUCAAUAGGUCGCUUGUUUCUGCAGAGUGCGGAUGACAAAAAUCAAUAGCAGAGUUAUGUGAGGCUUACCACAGAGUGCUGAGAAACUUGCACCAGGCAACUAAUGAGUCUCAUAGUGAUGAUAGAAGUCAUGUGUUGCUGGGCAGAGGAGCGUAUACAUCGCAGAGAGCAUCUAUUGUCUGUAAUGAACAGAGCGGCCUUCUGAUUUCAUGUAUAGGAGAGAAAAAUGCAGAAAACACCUGGCUUUGACUUUACCCUGCUAUUCAAUUAUCCCGGAAACUGCAAAUUAUGGCCAGAAAAUUCAAAUUUUUUAGAGCUUUUUUUUUUUUUUUUUUUUUUUUUUUACAAAUUUUUACUUUACUUUACCAAAAAAAUCAAAAUGUCCUUAAAAUUUAACAAAUAUAUGUAUUUAUCUUGUUUGAUGCAUGAGAUGAAAAAAUUAAAUGUUUUUGGAAACUGAUAAACCACAAGAGGACAUUUUUUAUAAUUUAUCCGACUGUAUUGAGGUGUUUUUUUAGUAAUUUGUUGAUCAUAUUGAUUUGAUUGAAGUAUCGUAAAAGUCAAACAUCAAACAUGAUACAAAAGGCAUUAAAGGGUUACCGUAUUUUUCGCACUAUAAGGCGCACUUAAAAUCCUGCACUGCAGCUACCGUAGCCUCGCGGAGUUAUUGAAUGAGUUAAAUAAAGUUUGACUUACCUGACUGUUUUGUUUGGCUUAAUGCGCUUUAUAAUCCGGUGCGCCUUAUAAUCCAGUGCACCUUAAUGUAUGAAAAUAGACGCGAAUAGACGCGUUUAUUGAUGGUGCCACUUAUGGUGCGAAAAAUACGUUAAACGGUUUUAUGCUUUAGUCAUGGCUUUUACAACAAAUCUCAUCCUGCUGACUUUUAACUGUCAAAUAUAUAUUUAAUCGUCAAUAUCUUUUGUUGUAGUUGUAACAAAAAAAAUAGUUUAGUGGUUAAUUCAGAUGCACCUAAACCCCACAUUGCACUGAUUUAAGACAUAAAAAAUGGAAGUUAAGAUUGUCAAUCAUGUCUCUGAUGUUCAUAAAAAGACAUCAACAUGAAUUUCAGUCUAUUUGAUAAACAUGAAAAACCCCUUACUGGAGCUUUAAUGGCUUUAUCAUUGAACACUAUCAUGAGACCGGUGAUUGGCUGAUCCAAGCAUGCAUCUAUUUAGUCAAGUUAUUAAAUCUGGUGUUAAGCUGUAACUCUUUUAGAUAUUUAUAACUUCAAACUAUCAAAAUCUAAAAUGCGGUGGAGUGGAGGUAAAGUUGACAGAGUAUAAAAUACUAGGACUCUCACAAUCGAAGACACGCAGCAGAGUGAUUGACUUGUAUCCUUCGUGUCUUGGCGGUGGUACUGAAGCUCUUUGAGAUCAGAGCUAGCUAAAUAACUUCAUAUCAUGUCUUUGAAUUGACUGCUGAGUUUCCAUAAUUUUCUCUUUUCCAGCGAUGAAAACACCAGAGCUGACUUGAAGAAACUACCAACUCUCCCCACAAAGGUGCUGAAGGAGCAUCCGUCACUCGCAUACUGGUACGUUUGAAGGAAAUUUAUACACAUCUGCUAAGAGUCAAGAACACACAGUAGGGGUGGGGAUUUGUUUCCAUCGCUGCUGUUCUGGCUGGUUUAAGUUAAGGUGAACUAGUUACACAACUUUCUUAAAAAACUGCACAAAUCUCUGACGUGUUUCCAUGUCUGAAAAGUCUCUCUUUUGUGUCGUUGCAGUGAGGAUCGAGUCAUUGAACAUUACAAACAGCUGAAAGGAGUCUCACGAGGACAGGCUAUUGUUCAGUACGUAUUAGUAUGUGUCGGCCUAUUCGCUGGAAAUGGUUCAACCCUUUUUAAUUACACAAUGAGCAAUAUUAAGCUUUGGAUCCAUUAAUCUUCCUUUCACCUCUAUUAGCCCCUCCUUUUCUCUCUCUCACUUUUCUGGCACGCCUUUUCUCAUCAUCUGAUAGAAAUCAAUAACUCGUCUUCAGUUGCAGUGGAGUGAAUCGCGCCGAUCGAAUCCACACAUUUGUCUUUUGAUGUUGCCAAGGCGAACCGCACGUCAGAUUGUUUGAGCAGCAGCUGGUGGUUUUAAUAAAAACUGUUUUCAUUCCAGGUAUUUGACGUUAGUGGAGUCCUUGCCCACGUACGGCGUACAUUAUUAUGAAGUCAAGGUAGGUUUCUGCUAUGAUUUAAGGGGAAUCAUCGCUGUUUCACCUGAAACUUGAGUCAGCUAUCACAGUCAGCUGUGUUCUUGCAUCACAGGACAAACAAGGGAUCCCGUGGUGGCUCGGGCUGAGUUAUAAAGGCAUCGGCCAGUACGACCUGCAGGACAAAUUAAAACCUCGAAAGGUAACCUGCUCCUGCUGCUCUGUCUUUAAAACAGCUCCUCUUAUUUCUUUCCCUUUCUUGUCUGGCUGUGGAUCUGGGUAAGGAUUACUGCUGCUGCUGCUGCACACAGUGUGGUGAUUCACCGGCUCAUAGUCAUGCAUCAUCCACUUCACCUCAACAAAGGCUGUGCUUCAUCUGCAGCAGACGAGGCCAGACUUGAAAAUUUAGAGAAAAAUCACAGUAGAGAGGUCUGACAGUUUGUCGUAAUUACGCCGCCGAGCUCUGUCUUCAAGAAUAUUACAUGCUGUACACUGGAAACCUGCUUAUCUGGUUCAUGUGAGUUGUUUUAGCUCAUGACUUGACAGAAGAAACACCCAUAUGAGUGAUCUGUCAGCUAUGUUGUCCAGUGUCUGCUGCCUUUUUUGCAGCUGGGUGCAGACCUGCAGUGAAAGGCUUAGUUGGAAAGUUAAGAACAAUGCACAUGAAAUUACUGGUGCAGUCGCCCUGAUUAUGACUCGAUGUGGUGCAAUCCAUCUUUGUCUCCUGCGUUACAAAAAUUGUGCAAGACAGCAGCUGUUUGUGUGUGUGUUUUGGAGAGGAGAGAAAAAAAAAAGAAAGAAGGGAGGGAUCUGGUGAUGUCAAAGGCAGAGGGGGCAGGAUUUGGGGCGUUAUCGUGCCUGUUCUGGGAAUACCUGAGGAGACAAGUCAGGAGUUGACACGAGAAGGAACAAAGUAUGUGUUUGUGUUGACAGCAAAGCCUGGGAGGAUUUAAAGUUAGGAAACGGGACUUCUGAGCGUCUUUUAUUCUGGUAAGGCUUUAAACUACACGUCUGUGUUUGGCUGACAAAUUUCACAAACCUUUCGCUUUUAUGUACGAGUUAAAAAUGUGCGUAUUAACAAAUGCAUCAAUCUCAUAUUUCUGGAAAAACUAGGUGUGUUUUUGCCUUCUUAUUCUUGUUACAAACUCUCGACAAAAACUCCCGAAGCAUUCACAUGUUGUACAGUUUUCUGCGUCUGAGUGACUCGAUGUCUCAUCCAGAUUGUGUCCAGACACAGAGUGAGUCACUGACCCUAAUAGAUUGUUCAUAUCUGCUGCUGUCAGUGAGCACCUGGCUGAUAUGUGGAGAGAGACGUGAUGAGCCAUGGAAAGUGUUAUAGGCUGUGAUGAGUCUUUGUGUAAUGUCCCCUUGUGGCGUUUCUUCGUUUUUUGAACACCUGCAUUAUUGCAGACUUGGCAUGAUAGGCGGUUUUCAGACCGUAAUGAUAGCUCACGUUACAGUCUGGCUUCUUUAAUGACUGCGGUUGAAAAUGCACGCCAAAACACCUGCAGUUCGUCUUUUUUUUUUUCCUAAUAGUUUGUGGUGAUACUGAUUAAUCGCUACUCACAGUACAAUCUUAACACCAUUUUUCCUGGCUGAUUCUCAUUAUUUCUUAUUUUUUAUUUUCACCUUUAGCUGUACCAGUGGAAGCAGCUGGAAAACUUGUACUUUCGGGAGAAGAAGUUUGCUGUAGAAGUUAAUGAUCCACACAGGUGAGCAGCAGGAGAGCUUUACUUUAAAAUUCCCAAACAGAACAUAUUGAUUUAUAGGUUGUUUUUCAAGGCUUUUAAUCGAGCGUCUCUCUUCUGUUGCGUGUCUUUCUCCAAAUCUCUGACUUCCUCCUACAGGAGAGCGGUAACCAAGCGCACAUUCGGACAGACCGGCCUACUCAUCCACACGUGGUAUGCCAGCCACUCUCUGAUCAAAACCAUUUGGGUCAUGGCGAUCAGCCAGCACCAGUUCUACUUGGACAGAAAACAAAGCAAAGUAAGCUUAUCCGUCACUCCUGUUUUAUUUUUAAAAAGCCGAGCUCUCCAUCAUCUCUUAUUUAAAUCUCUUUUUUAAACUUUUUUUUCUUUUUUGCUUUUGAUUCUUUCAGGCUAAAUUAGGAACAGCGAGGAGUUUGGAGGAGCUGGCCAUGGAUCUCACAGAGCACGGAGGAGCGAAGAUAAACAGGCUGGGAGACGCACUGAAGAAUAACUUGAUAACAGCCAGCAAUGGGAGCUUGGUGUCAACAGGUUAGCUAUAAUUACACAAAAACUGCUUUUAGAUCAUUUUUAGAAACUCUGAGCUGUUCAAGUUUAAAAGUUAACAUCCCAGUACGAUGAACAAUGAAUCUAAUCUCAGAGUAUUGUAAGUUUUGCUGGUUGACGGUCUUAACUUUGUUCUCGCAGGUUCUGCCGACUCUGAAAUGAGUGAAGAGCAGAAGAAAGAGAAACUCUCCGAGCUGAGAAAAAAAGAGCAAGAGAUCCAAGACAUCCUGGCGAAGAAAACAAAAGAACUGAAGAAAAUUUGCCUGAGAGAGGCGGUAAGAAAUCCUCCAUUUUACAACUCCUUUUUGUUGUCGCUCUUCUAUUUUCAAGAGCCACAUUUAUUAGGCUGAACUCUUGUUAUUAUACGGCGCGGCUGCGCAGCUGUUAGAUUGAUGGUUUCUGCUGUUAUGUCAAGUUAAAGCGAGUGUUUAGGGGCCCCUGUUGUUCUGUGUUUUCAGGAGCUGACUGGCAAGCUGCCAAAAGAGUAUCCCCUCUCUUCAGGUGAGAGACCGCCACAGGUCAGACGGCGAGUUGGCACCGCUUUCAAGUUAGACGACCUUUUCCCCUACAAUGAGGUCUGUAUCCAGCUGAUGAAUCACACUCGCAAACACUGCAUGCUUUGUUCUUUGUUUGACCCUUUUUUUUUUUAGGAUUAAAGGACAAUUUCACAGAUUUUAUUCUUGAUUUUUUUCACUCCUUACCACAAAAAAUUGAUCCUACGAAUGUGGAAUAUAUCCUCCUUAAGUUUAGCUCUAAUGUUUUCCAAAAGCUGAUCUGGGUGAUGCUCCUUCGUGAUAAUAAACAUGUGCAUUGUAGUUUAUUUCGAGCUAACCCAAAGUUACAAUUUCAGCGCUGCAAACACUUGCUGGCACGCGAUUUCUGCGGCUGAAAAUUGUCGCCAAAAAUGCUCUGGCCUCUCCCAUGUGAGAUUUACGACCUUAGAAAGAUCUGACUGGAUUGAGGCCCAGUUUCACACUGCAGGGAAUCGGAGAGUAUUAUAAAGCAAAAUGAAGUGGAUUGGGUUUGUUUUUUUUAUGAGAUGUGUUGACAGCUAAAAGACUCGAAAGUGUUGCAUACGCAGCUCAGAAAUCCAGUCACUUAUUGUUUCUCCUCUGCUUGUGUUUGGCGCAGGAUCCUUUCCUGAGGAACCUGGAGAGCAGGUUCGCCCUGCAGCAAAAGAUUGUGGAGGCGGCCAAGAAGCUCGCCAACGAGUCGGAGCUGUGCAAAACGGUGAAGAAGAAGAGGAGGAGAAACUGUCUGGAUGCCAUGCACAAACUCCAGCAGAUAGAGGAUGAGAUGAACCAGUACAGAAUCAAGAAGGGGAAAAAGCCGACACAGCGAGCUUCGGUUAUCAUCGCAGGUACACAGCGGGUUGAAUUUGAACAGAAAUAUCAUUUUGCAGAAUUAUCUGUGCGUAAACAAGAUUCGAUGUCCUCCUCCUGCAGAUGAACUCAUCCGUUCAGACUGCAGCUCCCUGUCUAGUCUCCCUCUGGAUGAUGGUGAGUCAGAGAAACACAUUCUGCUGCAUCGAAAUUAAAUGAGCUGCAAUUAUAUCGAUUUAAUGUAAUCACUACUUUUGAGAGAUCAAGUAGAAGUGUUGUUAUCUUUUUGCGUUUAGACGACUCUGACAGUGCGAGUCUGAGGCCUCGGUCCCGCUCAGUCCAAGGAUCUCCUCAGCUCAGUCCGAUGCGGUCGCUGGGGACGGAAUAUGACGCAGAGAGGCCACGGGAAAACCAUCACAACAAGAACCACAGCAGGUUGGGAAGCAAAUCCAAGAAUAGAGCAACAGUAUCAUGAUUUGGCAGAGACGAUAAUUUUUGUUGUGUCAUGUUUGCAGCCUCAUCCCGUUCCUCACACCCCGAUCUUUUAUUUUUGUCCUUUUUUGUUCGAUCCUCUCUUACUACCGCACCCUUUUAGAUUAGCUUUUGAAGGCCAGGAGGCUCCCCACUGCUACCAGAAUCCAAGAGAGGUCUCCUCCACUCACAGUAGUCCUUAUAAAACUCUUCCCAGGCCUCCUAGAGAUCCACGCAGCAUGCCGCCCACCCCGGUUAUGACCCGCAAUGCCUACAGCAGCAGCCAGCUCAGGUGUGAACCCUGCAUUGUUAACCCUUCCCUUUCCAAAUCCCUGCUCUCCAUCCACUAACAAUCAAACAAACUUCUGUUAUAUACCCGGGGAUGUUGUUCGGUGACUCGUUUUGUUGCUUUGCGAGUUAAAGCUGUGUCCUUUCUCAGGUCGGAGGGGUCUCCUCAUUGCUUCAGGCACCGCAGUGGGAGUCUGGAGUCGCAGCCGCACAUCAGGAAAGACACAGACUCAGAGAAACCCAUCUUUAUCUUGUCUCCGGCUCACCGUAGCAACAGCACGGAGGUGUUAGAGGACUGCUCCUCCUACACCAGCCAGUCCAGCCUGGACUACUGCGGGGCGACCAACUCCCACUACAGUACUCUAGACUCCCGAAACUCCACCAUGCAUCGUCUCCACAGGAAGGUGGAAGUCUAUGGAAAUACUGGGAGCAUGCCAAACUUGGUCCAGCACCACGCUGGUUGUAAUUACUCCUGUGAGACCCCUGCACACUAUGCACCCAGUGCCUACUAUGUCCCCGGAUACCCCUCCCCGGAUAUGGAGCCUUACGCUAACGGUGCCUACGUGUACGAGAAUGAUGUCGAGGGCCACUACAACGUCAACCCUUCCUAUCAAAUGAAUGGCUAUCAUGGACACGACAGGUUCAGGCAUUACAGCAGCGACCGGGCAGAUGGUCUGUCGCAGAAUCCCUACGCAACAGUGAGGCCGCCGCGGACCAGGGAGGGACCCAGGACUGAGCUGCUGGCCAAAAACAUGCAGAAGGCCCUGGUGGCGGAGCAUCUGAAAGGCUGGUAUCAUAGAAACAAGGGCCACAGCAGGGAAGGAGGGAGGGGGAUGCUGGCUGGAUAUGACUAUGACAACGGCUCUCAGCUCAGUUUGGGCUACCAGACCAUGCCAGCUGGAUUCAGCCACUCCAGCAGAACCACCUCUUUUUCAUCAGGUAAGUCGAAACCAACCAGCUGAUUAAUGAUAUUUAAGAUAAAUGUAUUUAGUAAGAGAAAAAUCAAGUUUUAAAUGAAGGUAGAUGAUAUAUUUGAGCAUAAAGGUCCUUACACACCGGGAAAGACGCAAAUAUACGACGCGAAAUUACGAAAUAUUUAUUGAGAAUUGAGGAGACUGACACAACAGCAGACUGACUGUUUCUCAGUUCUGAUUAGACUCUAGUGUUGAGAUGUCUGUCUGUCAUGAUAGCAUGUACUGAGUCGGGGUCAGUACCAGAUAAACACAUUAAACUAUAAUCCAUAAACGUCAACAACCGAGACCUAAUGGUGCUGUGACAGCAACGCGAUUGAGUUUGAGACAAUGAAAAUACAUAUGGUAUGUUGUAUCUGAACAGGUUAGCUUACGAGCUAAAGUUACUUAGCACAGAUGAAAGUUAAAUCAAAGACGUUUAGCAAACUGUUAAAGCACACAAACCAUCGUCAUAUGAGAAAUCCGACGCUAUGACUCUCCACAAGUUGUCCUUCAGGUCGCUAUCUUUGUAAUAUUUGUGUUUUUUAUCAAAAAGCACUCUGUUUUCUGACACAUAAACGGUCGGCCAUGUUGGAUAUAGCGGUGAAUCUGACGUCGCAACAACACGCAAUCUGAUUGGUCAGAAGUGGACACACAGUAUGCGAAACUUUGGAAAAUUCGACCAUGAUGCAAAAAAAUAAAUGCCGCAAUAUCGCAAUAUUGCAAUAUAGCAACGUCGCUGAUUUGAACUUGUAUUGACAGAAUCCGGGUUUGAAAAAAAAAAUAUUGACGUCCGAAAUAUCGCACGAAAAAAACGCUCCCGGUGUGUAAGGACCUUAAGACGUGGAUGCAAAGAGAUCUUUUUACUUUUCUUCCAACUAAAGAAUUGAAGAUGUACAUCCCAAUUAUUGAUUUAAAUACGACUGUAGUGAUUUAAAAACUAUCUGUUUAUCCAGCUAAAUAAAGUAUCAUGGUUGGCAGUGUUUCCGUGGCAACAGUGUGUUCUUAAAAGCCUAUAGGAGACUUAACAUUUCCAUUAACUGUCAAGUCAAUUUAACAAGUAGCAGAUUUUCUUUUCUGGUGACGGGUCAGCCAUUAACCACACAUCUAAAGUUUUUUGUUCUCACAGUAAUUAAAGUUAAAUGAAAAACGUUUUCCCUUUCUUCACCAGUGCUAUUUGGAAAGGGCGUUUUACCCACAAUGCCAAUAAGCAGAGGUGAUAUUUUCUGCUCUCCUAGCUUUGCUUAAUUUGACUUCACUUUUGGGAUCAGGUUCUCCCUGGUGUUGCUUUAGCUGCUGGGAUUUAAUCAUUGAUGGUGCGGGGUGUUGGUCAACCGCUAUCAAGUAUUAAACCACGCUGGGUAAUAAAUGUUGGUUAAUGCAUAAGAGAUAUCAGCCUGCAAGAAAAGCCCUCCAACAUGCCUGGAAGGGCUUCUUAAUUUUCAUUCUCGUAUUAGUAAUUUUAUUCUGUUUAUUCAUGUGGGUGUCAGCGAGAAGCUUCACUUGCUGCGUCUAAAAUUUCUCCAGACUGCCAAGGAAAGGAUUCAGAGAAAAAUAGAUCCUCAGUCUGUGCCUGAAAUAUGUGAAUUUAAGAAAACCUUCUCAAAGUCAACGUUUUUUUUACUUUUUUUGUGAGAAAAAGUAAAAGACAGGAUCCACAAACUGUUUAUUGCAUGCCAUUGUACAGUGAAUCCUCAGAAAAAGCAGGUUUAUAUCUUAUAUCUGGUUGUUUCUAUGUUCUGUAGCACUUUUAAUGACCUACAUUAAAUCAAAAAUGCAAAGCACUGCACGAAGCCAAACUUGGGUGUGUGUCAAAGUAUUCGCGGCUGAUCUACGCCUCGUUGUUAAGUGACCGAUUGCUCCUGUCGUGUCUGCAGUGUCCUCGGUGGAAAGCUCAGGUAACUGGCGCAACCAGCUGGCAGUCGGCCUGACAGAGUACGAUUCACCCGACACGCCUCACUACCCACACCCUGGAGCUCAUCCUUCUCCUUACAACCGCAGUCCCACGCACAGGUGAGCACUGCAGUUCAGUUCUGUCUCCAAACUGAGCCGUGAAUGUGAAACUCAGUGAGUGAAUCACAGACCGGUGGAGGUUGUUCUUUGUCUUUGAAUAGCAGCCUUAAUUUUAGAAAAGACAGUCUUAAAUCUAUCUUAAAAUGUUUCUUCUCCUCUUCUUCCUGCCUUAUGAUUAACGCUCAUGUGUGCAGAUGCUCUCCAGACAACAAAGUAUCUGAAAAAAUGCCUAAAAAAUCUGAGUCAGUUGAGGUGGUUGGCUCUGAGGCCAAUAGUGCAGAUGAACCAACAGACAACCAUUCUAGCACUUAAGGGUGAGACCACGGCGGAUAUCUGUGUCAAGUCAUCUCCAUUUUUUAAAACUCCAUUUUCAUCUGUGUCUUCUUUGUAGCUGAUUUAAUCAAAGCAUCAAGACUGUCGUUUUGUGGUUUGUUGAUUUUCUUUAUCCUCAGGCACGACACUUUCACUCAUUAUCUGUUUGAUCUCGCUUCUGACAAGGCAAAAGGGGGGAUGCCCUCGAGAUAUUCAUCACGAUUGAAAAGAUGAUGAUAAACAUGUUUACGGAGUAUCAACACUAUCAGAGUGUGGAUGAGGGUGUGAGGCUGUACUGUGGAAGGGCAGCGCCUUAUUUACAAUAACAAUGCUAACAUGCUAAAUAGGAGUGGGAGAAAAAAUAGAUUCAUAUAAGUAUUGCAAUUUUUUGUUUUACAAUUUUUAAAUCGUUUUUAUUUUUUGUUCCAAAAGUGAUUUUUUUUUUUUCAAAUUUCAGAAAAACCUUAAAAACUGACUAAAAAUCGAGAAAAUCGACAAUAUCGAAAAAUCGCAAUUUAAAUCGAAUCCGCAUCCAAAAAAUCGUUGAAGAAUCAAAUCGGUAGAAAAGCAUAUCGUCCCAGCCCUAAUGCUGAUGUUUAGCUGAAAACAGCUAAUUAUCAUUCAGCAUAUCAUAAUUUGACAAAAGUUUGACAGAAAUGUCAUUAUUGAGGUUGGAGAAAUGAAUGAUUUUGAUAAAGUUAUGGAUCAUUAAAGUAAAACAUUCAAAAAGAAAUUCAACCUGAGGAUAAAUGCUUAAAAUUUAUGCAAAUCAGUCCUCUAUGCCGCCGAGACCUUUUGCUAAAACCAGACAGUUUCACCUCGUUGUGAGGAAAGGUCAGCAUGAAGAGUCUUAAUCCUCCAGGAAAGACAAAGGAAGUGGAUUUAGUGCAUCAGAAAUAGGUCUAAUAAUCUGCAAAUUACUGGAGCCGUAAGCAGACACCCAUGCAUGAAUUUAUUAUAGUUGUCCUUUGCGGUGUGGUCUAUUACAGUGACCAGACUGUUGUUUUAUUUUCUAGUUUUUAUUAAGUGAAAACCAUCUUUGCUAACCUGAGAUGACUGGAAAUUACUCAUUAUCACAGGAUAGUGGUGUAAAUGAAAUGAUUGAGAGAUAGACUGGUUAAUAAGGCAGAUUAGUGGCAUAGUCGUAUUGACUUGUGCUCUUACAUGGCCGAUGCCAAUAUGAUCUCUCCUCAAUGAAAACCCACUUUUCCCAUAUCCAAUGACAGAUUAUUAGCACCUUCUUUUUUUAUUUAAACUCCAAUAUUUAUCUCUUUUUUUCCCUUUUGUUCCCUUAUAGCUCAGCCAAAAAAUUUCUUUCUAUCUAUUUAACGAAACAUUUAAGAUUAGCAGUUUGUUACUCAUUUGUUGAUAUCAAUGGAUUGUUAUAUUUUCUUAAAUGCAAACUUACUAUAUUUUAGGGUGACCAUACGCCCUCUUUUACCGGACAUGUCCUCUUUUUGGGAGGGCUGUCCUGCUUCGUCCUGGGAAGCUUAUAAAAUCCUUCAAAUGUCUGCGGUUUUGUACGUAAGUUUCAAGUUUGUGUCACAUGGACUUAUUGAGUUAAAAGCGCGUAAAAGAUACUCGAUUAGACCCCAAAAAACUCUCAAAAUUAACUUUGUGUGACUCUGUGACUCUGCCCCCACGUAGUCAUGUCCUCUUUUUGGGAAGUCAGAAUAUGGUCACCCUAUAUAUUUGCCACCCUGCUUUCCCGUUAUUGGUAUCAGUUUAAGCUUCUGAAAAAGUGAUAUCAGUCAAACUCUCUAAUGUCUGCUCUGGGCCUCCAUAGUAAGCGCAUUUCAAUGAAUCAAAUUUAUUAAAAAAAGACCUAAAGGUGAGAUAUUAAAUUUGAACCUCAAGGGUGAAUUUGCCAACUCUCACAGUUUCCGUUUAUCCCAUGAUGCAUGAAAAUGGGUACUUUUUGGUUAACCACACUUCCAUUUCCACUCUUUAUUUACUCUCACAAUGUUUUAGUCGCAUGUUCUGUGUUUUUAAAAAAAGUUAAACUCCAGUUGAUUUGAUAGUUUCUUUAUUUUAUUACCCGUGCAGAUACCACAUGGAUGGAAGCUACAUGAGCAUCCGCUGAAGAGGACCAAACCAAACUUUGGCAUGAAUAAAGCCAUGGCCAGCAGCACAUGAAGGGGAUCGAGUUGAAACAUGAGCGGUACACAAACUUUCUUCUGUGUAUACUGUCCUCGUGUUAAAGUAACCUCCGAACACAGUGAUGACACUCUUGAAUGACUUUUUCCAUGUGCCUUGGAUUGGAUGAAUUGUACAGGCAGAUGCGAAUGUGUCAAGAGACUUUAAGGUGUUGCACAACCACAGUGGAAUCAAACCCUAUUGUGUUUUCGAGAUGUGACAAAAAGGCAACAUGUGUUUUUAACUGGAAUCCAACUCCAUGUAUUUUAACAGAAACUAGCUACUGCCUUAUAAGAAACAGUAGGUUAUAGAGUAAAAGUCAUCUCCGCCACUCUCAUCUCAGUAAAGUAUGAAAAAAGAAAAACAUCUGAAUUGAAAACAAAGUUGAAACAUGUCCAUAAUGAGGCAUGAAAAACCAUUCAUUAGAGCAGAUUGUGUAUUUGACGACUUUCCAUUUCCUUCUUUCUUUACACUUUGAAUCAAACUGUAUUGUCAAUAUUGUUUAUAGAUCCAUUUGUCUUUGUUGGUGACGUAAUGUGUUUUUAAAAUGCAUGUUAAGAGGUUGGAUUUUUUUGAUAAGAGCUUCUUUUUAUAUCAACAGAAGACCACUGCCGUCAGAAGCAUAAUAUUCAUAUCUCGCCGUUUGUUUUCUCACACAUUUGUACAGUCAGUGCGUAGUUACAUGUUAGAUGUUGUCAUAAAAUAUUUUCCACCGGGAUGUGAAUAAAUACGUGUGUGACACAUAGAGA